AUGAAGUGGUCGGCGGUGGGGAAGGCGUUCUCACCACGUCCGUUCAACAAGACUGUGCUCGAAAAAACUAUGCAGAGGGCAUGGGGACUUCACCACGAAGCAAGAUUCCGUGACAUGGGCGAUAACAUAUUCGCAGUCCACUUUGGUAGCGAAGGUGAUUGGAGGCAUGCGAUGUCGAAUGGGCCUUGGCAGUUUGAUUUUAAUGUCCUGGUGUUAAAGGAGUAUGAUAGCAACGUUAGACCCUCGGAGAUGAUAUUUGACAAGGUCGAUGUUUGGGUUAGAGUUACAGAUCUGCCACCGGGGAAGAGGACGGAGAGUUUUGGCAGGGCCCUCGGCAACUGGCUAGGAGAGGUAAUCAAGGUGGAUGUGGACAAGGAUGGCAUGGCAAGAGGUAACCAGCUACGGGUUAGGGCAAGAAUCUCCAUCUUUGAACCACUGGUACGGGUUUUCUUCCUCAAGGCCACUCAGGAAGAAAAUAACAGGACAUAG